ACACAAUCUGUAAUUGAGCGAAAAAUGAACACGAAAAACAAAAACAAGAACCUGGAGAUAUGAAAACAUCGGAGACCCGAUUUGUCGCGCUAAAUAACACGUUUCAUACAAAACAAAUAUUUUUGUGAUGCUACAUUAAUGUAAACAUACAUUGUGCUCGAAUGAAUGACGGCGGAAAUAAAGAUAGACUUUCUCAACUAUAAUAAAUCAGGCAGUAAAAUCAGAUUUGUAAUCUUGGAAAAAAUUCAAAGAAAAAAGACGCCAGCAGCUUCCUCGGAUUGUUUUGUUGUUUUGUCUGUGUUUUUCAGUGUGUUUGUGCAACAAAGUCAAAGUCGUCGAAGCUGCUGCAAAAAAACGUGAAAUGCAAAUUGUGAAAAAAAAUUGCCAAAGAUAUAACCGCAAUCACACGGCCAACACAACAACAACAAAAGCAACAACAAAACGGUUUCGCGUGUGUUGAAAAAUUGCAUUGCAAAUUGCCUAGCAGCAUAAAAAAAGAGCAAAAACAACAAAAGAAAAUUGCGCGCCAAAAGCGAAAGAAACAAAAGGAUUACACAUAAACAAACCAAAAAGCAGAAGCAGCUGAGCGAAAGAGGAAGAAAGAGAGAUAGCGAAAAAUCAAAACAUCGUCGAAAGGCAGAAAUUCCAGUUUAUCCACCUUUACCUCCAUCACCCCCAACCCUCCGACGGGAUUUCACCACACAUUUAAGCAGGCUCUUGUGGCAUUCGUGACACAGCAUUCAGGCACAGUCUGGCGGAGGCUGAGAACGCGGCCGGAACGAUGAUGUCCAUGACCAGCUCCCCGCCGGCCACGCCCACUGGCGUCCAGACGGACUCCGAUGGACUGAUCCUGCCCAAGAAGCUCAUCAAUCCUUGCAUGGAGAACAUCGAUCGCAAGGAGCUGCAUCGGGAGCUCAAGUUCAAUGCCAGAGUGGGAAAGAGCGUGCUGAACCAAAAAUCGGAACUGCAACGUGCCUACGACAAGCAAAAGGAGCGACAUGCUGCCGCCGAACAGCAUUCACCGGAUGCGGAAAUUGUUGGAGGAAUUCCCGGCCUGAAAGGAGAACUCGGGCGUGUGAUCAUGGAACGGGCACAGAAGCACGAGGCGGCAGCCCAGAAACAGGAUCAGGAGGACGCCGAGGAGCGGCAGUACGUGAAUCCCGAGUAUCUGAACGUUAGGGCCAAACUGCGCACGGCGCAUGCCAACAAUUAAGGAGCAGCCCACUCGGAAAUCCCUCAUCCUAAUCCUCAGCUUGAUUAAUGUUUAGUUUUAGUAACAGACCUAACCAAAUUGUGUGUAAGGAAAUCAUGUGUUUUAUGUGUUAACUUUGUGAGCGGUUUUCAUUUUGAUAUUAUGCAAAACUAGUUGGUUAUUAUAAUUAAAGUUUACACCUAGACUAAGCCAUUUACUUGUUUAGUUUGUUAGUCCUAGUUACUAAUCUAAGUACAGUUUUUUCUUGCGCUGAUUUCGUUGUGUAUAAACCACAUGUAUAAAGUUUUAGUUUCUAAAUGGACCCUUUUCUUCCAAAAUCAAACAACAAAAUUGAAUAUAAUUGUAUCUAGUGUAGUUAUGUGUAUGUAUAUCUAUAAAUUAGUGAGACCGAAAAUGCUGUAAACAGGGCAAUGUGUUAGAAAGUAAGACAGAGAGACAGACAGAACUUGGGCGAAAGAUAUUUGAUCUAUAUAGAUAAACUAUUUUAUGUCAAGCAAAGAAAUUUGAACAGAUUACAGAACUAUAUACAACAUAUAUCUAUAUACAAAUUUAGUUUCUGGAAUUAAUAAAUUUUAUUGUAGGCAAAAAGUUACAAAA